AUGCUAUAUAUUGAGAAAAAGGAAGAAAGAGGCCAACCAGGAACAGCAAUGGCCUUGUUCUCCAAUAUUUUCAGCUGCUUUUCUGAAUCUUCAGGCACCAGCAAAUACAUCUGCAAUGGGGAUGUCUGUGUUCUACGGGAUCAGAAGGCAGCCCGUAGUAUGAAAUUGAAGAGCAAUCCAAAACAACGCAUUAGAACUCAAUUUUCUCGCAAUAAAAGCUUGGGGCAAGCCAGUGGUGCCGAUGAACUGCGUCUGGAAUCUCUGGUAAUAAAUCUGUUUGCUGUUAUUGGCUUUCUCCAGGAGAAGUUUUAG